AUGACUGAAGCUAAGUUGUUUAAUUCGAAUGUCCUUAAUAAGUCGAAUAUGGAUAAAUUUAAUCCAGGUAAGGGUUUUGAAUAAUACGCAGACUACUUCGAUACAUCUCCAGAUGCAUAGUAUGAUACUUUAGAUGAACCCGUUUCAAAAACAAUUGGAAGAGAUUUAAAAAUGAUAGGACACAAACUUAAGUAUGUUUUACUCCCUAGAUUUAGAGAAGAAACAGGAAAAUCCUUAAGAGAAUGGGAUUUAUGGGGUCCACUACUAUUCUGCUUAAUAUUGUCAUUUGUUUUAACUCUAUCAACUACUGAUAACAACAACUUAUUUGCUACUAUAUUCCUAAUAAUAUGGGGUGGAUCUUUAAUUGUUACUGUCAAUUGUAAUAUCUUAGGUGGAAAUGCUCAUAUAUUAUAAUGUUUAUGUGUGUUAGGUUAUUGUAUUUUUCCAAUAGUCCUUGCAGCAGUUAUUUUGACUGCAUUUAGUGUCAUUUAUCAAAGCAUGAUUAUUAAGGCAUCUAUCGUAGGAUUUGCUUUUCUUUGGUCUAGCACAUCUUCUGUUGCUUUUAUGUCAAGCAUUAUUGACCCUGAUAAAAAAGCUCUUUCUAUGUAUCCCAUAAUUCUAUUUUACUUAUUCCUCUCAUGGUUUUGCUUAUUUAUUUGA